GUCCUCCGCCUAUAAAGUGCCGCCCGAUGUGCCCACGACUCUCCUCAUCCCUUCGCUGCUGCAUUGAUGGAUCUUCUCUCGGAGGAGCAAGUCACCGAGUUCCACGAGGCUUUCUGCCUCUUCGACAAGGACGGAGAUGGCUGCAUAACGCCGGAGGAGCUCGGCACCGUGAUCAAGUCACUGGGGCAGAACCCGAGCGAGGAGGAGCUGCAGGAGAUGGUUCAGGAAGUUGAUGCGGACGGAAACGGGAGCAUUGAGUUUGGGGAGUUCCUGAACCUGAUGUCCAGAAAAGUGAAGGAGACCAAUGUGGAGGAAGAGCUGAAGGAGGCCUUCAAGGUGUUCGACAAGGAUCAGAAUGGGUUCAUCUCGGCCACUGAGUUGAGGAAUGUGAUGAUCAACCUGGGGGAGAAGUUGACUGAUGAGGAGGUGGAGAAGAUGAUCAAGGAGGCAGACUUGGAUGGAGAUGGACAAGUCAAUUAUGAAGAAUUUGUGAGAAUGAUGAUGACUGUUUGAUUUGUUCUUUGUUCCAAGAACAAAACAAAACAAAACAAAAAAUGUUUCUUUGUUUUCUUUUUUGGUCCAACUAGUAAAAUGUCAUGCUUAAGAUUUAAUUGUUAGUAUCUUGUUGAGUUCA